UUCUCCCGGUCGGACGGCUGAAAGUGGAGGCUUUCGUGGCCUCGCCCAGGUUGACAGCGACCGGCCAGGACAUCGGACUACGCCGGCGGCGUUCCGCCAUGGUGGGCCUGGCGAAGACGUCUUCCUCAGCCGGCUUGUCGGCAUCUCGUGCCGACCUGUUUCGGACCGUCUCAUCGGCCGGUGCCGCCGCGCUUAUGGGCGGCGGAGGAACUGGAGUUCAUUAUCUCGUCGAGCUUUGGAGAAACGAUCAAUAUGACAAGAUAUCCCAGCACACUCAUCAAGGCCUGCAGUUUCUAGAGAACUUUAGUCAAUUCAUCAAAGACCGUUCAGCAAUCGAGACAGACUAUGCUGCACGACUCAGGAAGCUUGCCAAGAGCUAUCAGCCGAAGAAAAAAGAUGAUGAGGACAAUGGUUACACGUCAUCGAAGGCAUUCUGUUUGGUCUUGAAUGAAAUCAACGACAUCGCUGGUCAGCAUGAACUUAUCGCAGAGAACCUCUCCUCGAGCAUAAACAGGGAAGUCGCCACUCUCAUCAAGGAGCUUAAAGAGGAACGCAAGCGGCUUUUGGCUGAGGGUUCCAAACUGCAGACAGCUCUGCAGAAUUCUGUCACAUCUCUUGACAAGAGUAAAAAAUACUAUGAGAAGAUGUUCCGAGAAGCAGAAAAGGCUCAAGAGGCAUUUGCUAAGGCUGAUGCUGACCUCCAGCUUUCCAGGGCAGACUUGGAAAAGGCAAAACAAAACUCGCUGGCUAAAAAUAAAGCUUGUGAGGACUCAAAAACAGAUUAUGCAAAUCAGCUACAGAAGACAAACCUGCUCCAACAAAAGCAUUAUAGCGAACUCAUGCCAAAAGUGUUUGAGCAACUUCAGAGCUUAGAUGAACGCAGGACAGCAUCUCUACAGAACUACAUAAAAAAGGCCGCAGAGAUCCACCGAGAAGUCAUUCCUAUCAUUCUCAAAUGUCUCGAUGAAAUCGUAGUUGCAGCUGACUCUAUAGACCCAAAAAAAGAUGCUGAAACGGUGGUGGAAAAGUACAAGUCUGGCUUUGUGCCCGCUGAUGACUUUCCCUUUGAGGACUUGAGUGUGACGCGCAACUGUGACUCAAGCAGCACGACUGGCAGCACAGUGAACUCCUCAUUUAGAGGUCCGGGAGACACAGUCCGAGGCACCAUCUCCACUGGCAAGAAGAAGCGGUCAGGCCUGUUUGGAAUUUUCAGCUCAAACAAGAACAACAUUGAUGAAUUCAAGGAUGACUACAGCAAUCUGCCUCCAAAUCAGCGGAGGAAAAAGCUGCUGCAAGAACUGGACAAGACACGAACGCAGAUCAACACCAUGACACAAGCACGAGAGGGCCUCUUCAAGCUGAAGGGUUCAUAUGAGCAGAAUGCAGCUCUGGGAGACCCUCAGACUAUCCAGGGAGAGAUAAAUGACAUUGGUGCCAAGCUUGAGAAGCUCCAAACAGAUUUGGAAAAGUAUCAGAACUACCUGACGGAGGUGGAUAGCCAGAUGGCAACUCCUGAUACACAGAAGCGCUACCGUAACAGCUUCUCGGAAGGCUCAUUGUCACGCAGUGCCUCUGAGUCAAGCGUCUCUAACAACCACCAGAACAACAACAAGGGACCUCCAACACCCAUCACUGCUCAUAACAACAGCACAGCCUGCCGUCCUGAAAGUGGCCUUGGAACGAGUCACACAAGUAUCCCUGACGAUGAUGGGGACUUCGAAGAGAAUGGCUAUGAAGUGGACUCGUUUGAGGCAGAGCUUUUGCCAGCUCUGGGUCGGGCCGUGGCCAUUUAUGCUUUCGAUGCCCAGAGUGAGGGCUCCAUCCCAAUGGAGGAAGGGGAGGAGUUCCUGGUAGUGGAGGUUGACCAAGGAGAUGGAUGGACGCGAGUGCGGCGGGAGAACCUUGAGGAGGGCUUCGUUCCCACCUCCUACCUCGAGUGCACUAUGUUCAACAGCUGCUAGCCCUCCUCUCCUACUUUUCUGCCAGUUUAUAUGGGCACGGUCCUAUGUUGGUUCUUUUGUGCAUUCCUUUUCGUCAGACAUGGAUCAGACAGGGAUGAGCGGCACUGGCAGUAGCUGCCACGAGGAGACAUGGUGGAAGCCACAGCUAGCUUCAACGCCCCCAGUAUUCCCUUUGUGGUGUCAGUGGCCAUGUAGGGAUGCCAGCACUUUAAUUUAUCGCCCACCGCUGUGCAGGUAGAGAGGGAGAGAGAAAAGAAGUGAUGGGUGGCAGAAUUGCACUUGUAGCUGACCCUUCUCUUUAGUCACAUGCUCAUGUAGGGAGACGGCUGGUAGCACAGAAUUGUAUUGGGCGUUUGUAUAUCUACUAGUUCAUAUCUGUGUGUAUGUACUGUGUGUGUGUUUGCAUGCAACUACCGACAGAAAGGGAGAAAUGUGAGGCUUUGUGUGAACUGUUUACAUGGCUGCAUUUGAGCUCACGUAUGAACAAAAACAACAACCAAGGCGUGCAUAUUGCUUUCUUUUGAAGCUCUCUUUUUUUUCUUAAGUGGGAAUGGGGGGAUGGAAAUGUUACUAUGUACUGGUUUCAGUGAUGCCAAGAAGAGUGACAUAGUGUGCUUCCCUCAAUCACUGCUACUGCUAGUUAUAAUGCAUGAUGUAGUUUGACAUGGUCAUCUCUUCUGGGUUAUGGUAAAGGUGUACAUAGUUAAGGGAUGUGUUGUUUAAUCUUCCUUCUCGCUUUGUGUGGUCGGCUUCCAAGGCAGUCAGUGCACUUGUGUCGCCGCUGAUGACAGUGCGAGCAGAUUUGCUGAAGUAGAUGCAUCGCAGCAACACAAGCUUCGUGGAGGAGCGCCACCGGAAAUUUCAGGAACCCUAUCCAGAGCUGGUGUGUACACCUCAAGUGGUACACUGGGUCUUUGCUUCCGUUAGUAUUUCUAUUUAUUUUGAAAACGGCAUUAGCCUAUGCUUGUUUUAAUGCGUCUGCCACUGCCAUUGUUAUGCAGUAAUGAAAAAUGAUAAACUUUCUUUCUGUUGUUUACAGCGAGCUUGAGCUGUAUCUUUGGCAAUAUAAUUUUAAUGGCUUUAAUGUCACGGUGACAAUGAGGCAGCAGCAUUUAUUUUUCAUCAAAAUUGUCAUUGUGUUAACACUAGCACAAAUGGCAAAUGUGAAUCGGACAGUGUCUCCGCAGGGCUUAUUUGGCAUGUAAAUGCAUGUGGUGAAGAAUUGGGAAGUGCACUUCUAGCAGACUAUUAUUAAUAGCAUUUUCCUGUAGUGACAAAGGCUUCAGAGAUGUAGAAAUUCCUCAUCACGUUUUAGAGGUUGCAUUGAAAAAGAGCAUGUCGACUACAUUUUGCCGAAGCACUUUUUAUACUCGAAUAAUGUUAAGGCCGCAUUUCCUCCUAGCUGAAGUGGCCUGCAGCGCUUCAGACUGGAUUUUGCUGCUUUUUGCCAAAGUCAAAAGCCAGUUGCGUUGUGAGCAAUACCAGCUCGGCCGUGUGUGCACAAGGUUCACAUGCUUACAAACAGCGCGCUUGGCUUCACUCAAUAUGCCUAGGUUUUUAGAAACCAUGUACUGACACUUGUUACUCAAAUGCUUUACUGAGGUGCUAGAAGCAAAGAAAAUACAUUUGCACCUCUAUUGAACUCUCUUCCGUAGAACUCUUUCUAUUUUUGACAUUGACUGCAUUAUGGGCAAAUUCAAAGUUAAUUUUUUCGCACGCUUUCGAAGCACUAGACUUUUUUGCUACUGUGCCCAACUACCUUCAAGGCUUGCAGUCCAUCCGGAGUGUGUGUGCACUAGUGUCGGUGUGUGCAUUAGUUGUAUGAGAAAGUACUUUCCCUGUGCUGAAAUAUCUGCGUGCCAUACGAAGAUGGUGGUAGUACACUUCACAAGAACUGCAGUGGCAGUUGUGCGUGGUUGUUGUAGUGUACUGGGUGGCUGGCUACUAUGUUGAACGAAAUGAACUCGUUUGCCCCACUCUUGCUUAAUAGAACUUGCCACAAAGUUAACUAAGUACAUUCAUUGUUCCGCCAUGCAAUAACUUUUUUUUUAGUGUGUGUGUGUGUGCUUCUGUAUGCAAAAUGAUGCCACAGAUGUUCUUGUGGUGUCAACUUAUUUUCCCACUCUGUUUCUGCCGCUUUGUAAGCUAAUGAACUUUGCUUGCUUAAGAUUUUCAUGGGAAGUAUUUCUGAUUGGACUCAUGCCUACUUGAAUUUGACUAUGCCAGCAUGGUUGAUACAGUGAACUCGUUAACGUUAGGGGCUUUGCCUAAUCAAUGUGCUGCAGGCUCCUGAUAUAUAUGUACCGAACAUUUUGUGAACAAGUAUUUUACACUUUAGUUUUCACAGCUUGCCACUAGGUUAUCCUUUUUAAAGCCUAGAGGGCAAGAAGAUGUAUCCUCUAAACGAUCAGCUGACAGGUCUAUUAAUAAGCCACACAAACUCUUAGCAGCUGGUUAACUAACCUUCUGGGAAGUGGUCUGUAUAUUUUAUGGUCAGACUUUCAUUCUGUAUUGUGUGCACAUGGAAAAGCAUCUUGAUCAGCAUACUGCUUGGUGACACCGUUGUUCACCAUAAAUGUAAAUAUGAGCAAAUCUUAUGAAGUGGCCCAUUAGAUGGUGACUAAAUACUGUAGAAAUGAACAUUCUCAUUUAUUUUUUAGAACAGUGCAGUAUCUUGUCAAAAUGUUUUCUCAAAUUAUAUUUGCAUGAUAUGCAUAGAAUGUAUUUGUCAUUAUUUGUUGUCCAUUUAUUGUUCGACUUUUUUUUGUUCAUUGAAGUAACAUACCUAGCUUUUUAAGUGCUUGUGAUGUUAUUUUUUUUAAUAUUGAGAGUAUUACUACUCUCUGCAAAUGGUCCCAAGAGUGCUGGUAUUUUUCUGUCACAAAAAACAUAUCCAAGACUGUUAGUUGCUUACUAAUAUCUUUGUUUCUUUUGACUUGAUCACAAUCAGCAAUAGUGAGACAGAUGAAAAAUUUUGCAGCCCCUGCAGAAUUCUGCUGUGAGUGACUUAGCAGAUAAACUUUGCUGACUCUGUGUGAGAAUCCAGUCGCAUCUUAUCUUAUUUUGUUACAAGAUUCUGUGUUGCAUGCAUGGAGCUUUUAUUUCUUUAACUGAAUUACUCGCUUGUGUGCUCCUAAGAAGCCAUAGAGGUUGUAAGGAGUGCACUUAUUAUUUAGUUACAGUGACUCGUUGUUUUCUGUUUUUAAUUGGCAUGAGAGAGUGAUCAUGUGUGAAUGUAAAUUGCAGCAAUGUUUGAGCCGCAUAUUUUUAUGUGUAAUGGCUGGUGCAGCCAUCAGCAGCAAAGUGUCCUGAACAAACGACGUAUUGUGUAACAUUUAUGUAAAUACUGAGGUGUACUUGUUAGUGACCGAGUGUGUGCAACUCUUGCAAAGCCACACAAAUGUAUUCACUGCAAAAAACUGUGUGCCUCUCCUCCCCUUAGUAUCUGUUUUCAUUGCUAUGUUUCUUUGUUAUUGUUUUUUUUUUCAGCUGUGACUUUAUGGUGGGAUAUUUUUAGUGUCUCUUUAGUUAAUAAGUGUGCCCUUGGUAGUAUGGUGGCAAAAAUGUGUUUAAAUGAUGUCUAAAGUAUUAAUGUCUCAUGAGUCAGCAGUGUGCAGGGUGUGAAGCUAGCCUAAUAUGGAAACAUGGAUUAUUAUUAAAUGAAAGGUCUUUGUGUUGUGAGAGAGAAUAAAAGUGCCCGCAGAUUGUCUGUAGUAAAUUGAAUGUGUAUGUGAGUGAAUGGUGAAGUUGCCUUGCUGCUGUGAUUUUCCUGCCACCUUUUUUGUUUGUUUUUGUGCAUUUUCUUUCCCACCCAAUGUCUGUUGAUGUCCCAGCUACAUUUAAGAAUGUCAAUAAAAAUUGUUGACGCAUGUGU